UAUCGUUCCUGGACCCGGCCGAGGUCGUUCCGUCACUGCUCUCCGACGUCCGGGGAUCACGGCUGCCCUGCUCGUGCUUCCGCUUGCACCGCUGCAGGCUGCAGCCCUGAAGGAUGAGCGGAGCGCUGGCCAAGGUGCUGUAUCUGAGAAAUGGAACAAUUUGUAAGCAAGCCUUUUCCAUUUUAAGGGUCAGAACUGCUGGAGAAAAUCCCAUCUGUUCUGCAGGUGGCAUUCUGCUGAGUUCCAGUCGGCAGCACAGGUCGAAGCCCACCCAUGGCAUUGGACGAUACAAGCACCUAGUUCAAGCACAAGAGCCUAAGAAGAAAAGGGCAAAAGUGGAAGUGAGACCCAUUAAUAUGGGGACAGAUUAUGAAUAUGGGGUGUUAAACAUUCACCUGACUGCCUAUGACAUGGCCUUGGCAGAGAGUUAUGCCCAGUAUGUUCACAACCUCUGCAAUCAUCUCGCCAUUAAAGUCGAGGAAAGCUAUGCGAUGCCCACUAAGACCAUGGAGGUGCUGCGGCUACAGGAUCAAGGCAGCAAAAUGUUCCUGGACUCGGUUUUGACCACCCACGAGCGAGUGGUUCAGAUCAGUGGUCUGAGUGCUACAUUUGCAGAGAUUUUCUUGGAGAUAAUCCAGAGCAAUCUUCCGGAAGGAGUCAGAUUGUCAGUGAAGGAGCACACUGAAGAAGACUUCAAGGGAAGAUUCAAAUCUCGGCCAGAACUGGAAGAACUCUUGGCUAAGCUGAACUAGCUUGUUGCAGAUUCCUACCUGCCAUCCCUGGUGAUAGUGCCAAGGAGUGUCGUGGGUUGUCAGAGUUCGGCAGGAGACCCUGACCCUCAGGUGGCAUCAGGAUCCUUUCCACAGCCCGUAGUUCCUCUUCUUUUGUGGAGGAAGUGAUGUUUGCCCACGUCACUAUUUGAAACAAAACUAAUAAAAAUUGACAG